AUGAAAGUACGUGAGAAUACAAGGACCAGUAUAUUAAUUAGACCAAAACUUUUAGGAGAUCACAAAAACCCUGGCCUUUCACGCGUUUUGUUUUCACUUAGCCAGUUCUCCUCUUUGUGCGCCGCAUCUACCUUCAUUUCGCCUCCCCUCCUCUCCAAAGGUUUGCAAAUAAACGAUUUUGAAACCUUCAUUUUCAUCUACCUUUCAUCUUCUCCAUUUUCUAAGCUACGAUCCCAUCAUUUCGCCUCCCCUCCUCUCCAAAGGUUUUCAACUAUUCCUAACUACAAAACUGGAUUUAAGAAUCAGAUUCGGGCGAUACAAGAGGCAACUGCAGAUACUAUAACUUCCCAGAAACGAAAAGAAGAUGAUGAACAAAAAUCCCAACAAAAUUGGAAGAUUAAAAUGUUUUAUGAGGGGGAUUGUCCGCUUUGCAUGCGUGAGGUUGACAUGCUAAGGGAGAGGAAUAAGCAAUAUGGCACUAUCAAGUUUGUUGACAUUAGUUCUGAUGAUUAUUCUCCUGAAGAAAAUCAAAGAUCGGACAUGAGAAGUUAGCUACUUUGUGUAGUG